UUGUCACACUCUUUGUCAGUUAUUUCCCAUCAAUAAAUCCAAAAAUCUUUCUCAAGUGCAUCUUUGGAUACUUACAAGCAGUAUCAUGCAUCUUAACAAGUUAAAAAUAUUAAUAAUUGGACCAUCUGAAAGUGGAAAGACUACUAUAUCCAAUUUCCUAUCAGAAUCCACAAGCAUAGAAGAAAUAAGUGUAGCCAGACCAACGCAAGGUGUAAGGAUUGUUGAGUUUGAGCUCUCGCAUUUAAACGUCAAUGAUAAACAAGUUAAAGUUGACAUCGAAAUGUGGGACUGCAGUGGUGACCAUAAGUUCGAGUCGUGUUGGCCAUCCCUUCGUCUCGGCGUCCAAGGAGUCAUAUUAGUGUGUUCACCUAACACUAUCAAUGUAGCUGCGAGGGAAAUGGAACUACUGUAUAAUUACUUUGUGAGCCAAGCGAAACUGUCUGCCAAGCAAUGCGUGGUAUUUUACAACUGCGAAGAUGAUCAAGAUACCUUAGACUCUUUAAGUCUGUCUCCCACGUUUUCGAAAGUAUCACAAGUAGCUGUUAAUUUAAAAACUGGAGGGAAUCGACUAAAAAUCGACUUUUCUAAUUACGUCACAUCCAUAUUACAGACAAUAAAGUCAAUGUAAUCUAAUUAAUCAAGUUUUAUUACAGUAACUAAAUAAUUCUUACCGGCAUGUAAUACUUACCUAUUUUUAUAGUUUUAACAUACAAGCUGAAAAACAUUCAUUCAUUUUUUCGCCUGUAACAUGGUUAAG